CAAGCCGCCCCGGCCCCGGGGGUGGCCCGCGCGGCCCGCCCGCACCCGCGGGGCCAUGCCGGCGCCAUGCGCUGCGCGGGGGAGGACCUCGAGCCCCUGCGCCGGGAGCUGGAGGACCGGGAGGCGCGGCUGGGCGCGCUGCACCCCGACACGCUGGAGUCCCUGGGCGCGCUGGGGGCCCGCCUCGCGGCGCUGGGCCUCCGCGAGCAGGCCGCGCCGCUGCUCCGCAGGGCCCUCGAGGGGCGCGAGGCGGAGCUCGGCGAGGGCCACCCGCGCACGCUGGAGGCGGUGGAGCGCCUGGCGGGCCUGCUGCGGGCCGCGGGCAGGGACGAGCAGGCCGAGCCGCUGCAGAGGCGGGCGGUGGAGGGGCGGGAGGAGAGCCUGGGGCCCAUGCACCCAGACACCUUGACCUCCAUCAACAGCCUCGCCCUGCUGCUCCAGAGCAUGGGGAGGCACGAGGAGGCCGAGCUCUACCAGGGGGCGGUGCUGAACUGCCGGAACCUGAAGCUGGGGCCCACCCACCCGGACACCCUGGCGUCCGUCGACAGCCUCGCCGGGCUCAUGGAGGCGAUGGACCGGGCCAGCGAGGCGGAGAGGCUGCACCGCCGCGCCCUGGAGGGCAAGGAGAAGGCCCACGGGAGGGAGCACCCCUCGACCCUGGCGAGCGCGCACAGCCUGGGGAUGGUGCUGCAGGAGACGGGCAAGCGGCAGGAGGCCAGCGCGCUCCUGCGGCGCGCGCUGCAGGGGCGCGAGGCCGCGCUCGGGCCGCAGCACCCGGACACGCUGGCGUCGCUGAGCGCCCUGGCCACCCUGCUGCGCGCCAUGGGCCUGCGCGAGGAGGCCGAGCCGCUGUACAGGCGGGUGUUGGAGGACAGGGAGGCGGCGCUCGGGCCCACGCACGAGGCGACGAUGACCUCGCUCAGCGCCCUGGCCAGCCUGCUCCGGGCCAUGGGCAAGCUGGAGGCGGCGGAGCCGCUCCUGCGGCGCGCCCUGGAGUGCCGCGAGGCCACGGUGGGUCCGUCCCACACCUCGACGCUGGCCGCGCUCAACAGCCUGGCGCUGCUGAUGCAGGCGAUGGGCAAGCUGGAGGAGGCCGAGGCGCUCUACCAGCGGGCCUUCGACGCGCGGGAGGCGACGCAGGGGCUGGUGCAUCCAGGCACGCUCACGGCCCUUCAGAACCUCGCCCAGCUGAUGGAGCUGCGCGGGAAGGACGCGGAGGCCGAGCGGCUCUACAGCCGGCACGUGGCGGCUACCGAACGGGCGUAUGGCUCGGAAGACUGAGCGCUUCUCCGACCCAGCGUAGCGCCCUCCCGAGGCCUGGCCCGCGGAAUUCGCGCGGCAGGAGGCUCCCCCCGUCCGCCGCGUCCGGCACGGGAGCGUGGCGGUGCAGCCUGGAGAACGGACCCCUCCCCAUCGGGGCUGAGACGGGGGUCAGUGCAAACGGGGGUCAGUCAGAGCGCCGGAUCUUGCAGGAUCCUGCAGGGCCAGGGUCGCAUUGACCACUGUUUGGGUGCAGGGUCCUGCAGGAUCCUGUCCUGCCAGGCCUGACUGACGAUUGACCCGGGUCAGAAGAUCCCGACCCCAGACCCCCCUCGAGUCAUGAAAAAAUCGCGACGGG